UACCAAACUGAAAAUUUUUGUGGGCAGGCGUUCCCGACUCUCCCUUCGCUGCUUCCGCGGAGAGAGAGAGAGAGAGAGAGAGAGAGAGAGAGAGAGAGAGAGAGAGGGUAGGUGGGAGCGGCAGUUAAUGGAGACGGCUAUAUGCGGUAGAGUCGCUCUCUCGCCUAAUCACGUAUGGAACCCCAGAUCAGGAGAUAAGUUGUCUCUCUAUAAAGGACACUAUGCAAAUCGUGGCAUUCUUGUAGCAAUAUCAGCAACAGGACCAGGCAAAGGAGGUGGUUUGUUGGAAAGGCCAACCAUAGAAAAAACUACUCCUGGUCGUGAAUCUGAAUUUGAUUUGAGGAAAUCUAGGAAAACAGCACCUCCAUUCCGUGUUAUAUUGCACAAUGACAACUACAACAAACGUGAGUAUGUUGUCCAAGUUCUGAUGAAAGUUAUCCCUGGAAUGACUCUUGAUAAUGCAGUCAAUAUCAUGCAAGAGGCCCAUUAUAAUGGCCUAGCUGUCGUAAUCAUUUGUUCGCAAGCAGAUGCCGAGGAACACUGCAUGCAGCUAAGAGGCAGCGGUCUCAUAAGCUCAAUUGAGCCUGCAAGUGGUGAGUGCUGAAUUCAUGGUGGUAAGUCAUGUACAGAUGAAUCCUAAUACCAGGCUUCUCUGAUUAUAUGUACAUUCAUGAUAUGGAUAAUGAUGGUGUAUUUGACAAUAAUCAUACCGAAAGAGAUGGAGCAUAUGGUAUUACUGGAUGUAAUCCAGUUAGGCUGUAUAUAGGAUUAAGUUGCCCUAACUUUUGGGCUUGAUAUUACAGCUACUCUCCUUUUUAUGGUCA